CGCGAUGGGGCUGCUGGAGCAGUGCGAGGCGGCGUUCGGCGCCGCCGACCUCUAUCAAGUGCUGGGCGUCAGACGGGAGGCCUCGGGGGACGAGAUCCGCCGCGGCUACCACAGGGUGUCGCUGCGGGUCCAUCCGGACCGCGCGGCCCCGGAGCGCAAGGGGGAGGCGACCCGGCACUUCCAGCUCCUAGGCAAGGUGUACGCGGUACUGAGUGACCGGGAGCAGCGGGCGCUGUAUGACGAGCGGGGGAUUGUAGAUGAGGAGUCCGACGUACUGAGCCAGGACCGCAACUGGGAGGAAUACUGGAGACUGCUCUUCAAGAAGAUCACCAUAAAAGAUAUUGAAGACUUUGAAAAGAAGUACAAAGGUUCAGAAGAAGAGCUGGCUGAUGUUAAAGCAGCAUAUAAAGAUUUCAAGGGAGACAUAGACAAAAUUAUGGAAUCUGUGCUGUGUGUUGAUUAUACAGAUGAGCCAAGAAUAAGGAAGAUCAUACAACAAGCCAUUGACUCUGGAGAAGUUCCAUCCUACAAAGUCUUUGUAAAAGAGUCUAAGCAAAAAAUGAAUGCAAGGAAAAGGAGGGCUCAAGAAGAAGCUAAAGAGGCAGAAAAGACCAGGGAGGAACUCGGUCUUGGUGAUGGGGAAGAUGACUUGAAAGCACUAAUUCAAAGCAGAAAUAAAGAUAGAAAAAAAGAAAUAGAUGACUUUCUGGCUCAGAUGGAAGCGAAGUAUGGAAACAAUUCCAAAAAAGGAAGAAAGAAAACAGCACCCAAGAAGGCACAGAAAUAAUUAUCUAUUGACUUUCUAGCCUUUAUGUCAAUCCACAAAUGAAUACCUAAGUUCCAGUGAAUCUCUGCAACCUUCCUGACUUCCAGUGUAGAGCACAUGCGCAUCAAUGCAUUGUGGCUGGGAAGAUAUGAUAGCAAGUGAGAUGAAAACGAACUUUUUGGUGACACUAUUUUAAAUCUUCUCCUAAAUUUUAGUUAGGAUUAAAUAGGUUAUUGGAUUACCAUUGUGCCCCAGAUAAGGGUUGUAAAUUUACUGUUUGGAUCGAUGUCUUUCAAAAUUUGAAUUGUGGAAGCACAUCAAAACCCAUCUGGUGAGAUUGCUGGUGGCAAAACAAUGUAAUUUAACAGGAUUGUCAUUAAAAUGUUGGUCUGUGUGGCAUGUUACCUGAAUAUCUUAUUUUCUAGUUCUGUUCAUGCUUACCAGUUUCCUCUGUAAUACCCUGUUGCUCUUCUCAUGGUCUUUGCACUUCUGUUCAGCAGGGCAAGAGUUUUUCAAGUAUUUGUGAUUUUAUUAAAGAUAUUUUUGAAAACUAGCUUUAAUAAAAAUGUUUUUUGCAAAA